GAUCUAUGCUCAAUUGCUCAAAAGAAGAGUACUCGUUCGAUAUUGUGACUUGUGUGGUACUGUAAAUAUUGAUUAUAAUUCAUAGAAUUACUUACUCUUUUCUAAUACAAGAUGGCAACAAGACGGCAUGCCCAAUUUAUUGCUAGGACUGUUCUGGUUACAGAUGGCAAUGUUGAUAAAGCUUACCGAUGUCUAAAUCGUAUAUUGACAAGUGAAAAAAUCCUUGAUCAAUAUAGGCAUACUAGAUUUCAUGAAAUACCUUCACAAACAAGGCGGAGAGUAAAUUAUGAGAAAUGUAGGGCUAUCUAUAAUGAGGAUAUGAACAGGAAAAUUAAAUUUAUUUUAAGAACGAACAGAAGAGAUCCAUAUCCUGGAUGUUCUUAAAUCAUAAAUUAUAGAUUUUUAAUUUGUUAAACAUUCAAGUUCAUGUAAUGCUGUUAUUUAAAUAUUUCUGCAUAAAAGUAUUCUGGUGUCAAUAUACAAUUGUGUAUAGUCAUGCACGAAUGUAAAAAAAGAAUAAAAUAAAAUCUGAUUAAUUCUCAUCUCUGAUAUUUGACAAUAAACCAGAACUUACGAAAAUAAA